GUUGGUUCACUCGCGUGUCUAGAUUACAACGUCUUUAUAGUGCAUCCAUAUAAUUCAAUCGUUUUUUAAUUAAUUAAAAUACCGAAUUUAGUUAGUUAUUAUUCGAUUCUAAAUUGCAAGAAUGGUGGUUGGUUUCAAAAGAGUCUGGGACUCCAGCUGUCCUCGGAUUUGGGAUCAGUGGGUAGAUGACAAUGGGACCACUUGGAUCAUCCAGGACCUACCUCCGGAAGACGAUGAGAAGGCGAUCAAGAUACUGGUCGAAAACCUCUGCCCUGAUGAAACCCUGUGUAGUUUAAGCAAAAUCGUAGAAGACCCAGUGUCCACUCAAAGUAUAAGUGACUUCUGGCGAGGGUACCUAGCGCAGCGCAUGUCACUGGCCUGCUAUGAACUGAAGGAUGGCAACAAGAAACUAGUCGCGUUGAACGUGUGCCUUGUCCAGACAAAGGAUGAAGAAACGGAUGAUGUUGUGGAGGGAGAAGGCUUCAAGAACGUGUAUAACGCACUGAAAGUGGUUGACGAUAAAGUAGACGCCUUCAAAUAUCUGGGUAUGAGCCAGAUUCUCUAUGCCCUUGGCCUUGUGGUGUGUAGGGAGUACAGGGGUGCCAAGCUUGGUGCCAGGAUAUUGGCUGCAAGAAAACCACUAAGCCUUCAUCAUGGAGUUAAAGGCACGUCUACAGUAUUCACGGGCCCAGCUUCACAGAUCAGUGCCACGAGAGCCGGCUUCACUACCAUCGGAACGAUAACCUUAAAAGAAUUAGCUGAGAAUGGACUCAACUUCCCUUAUGAUGAGAAUAGAAAUAUAAAGGUCAUGGUGAAGAGGUUUGACGAUUAGGUUUUAAAGAAAAUUGCACCUUAAGUUCG